AUGGAUGACAGCAACCGCAGCGACUCAAUAAAUUACCUCAAGGUAAUGAUUCCCCAGUCAGCGCAUGACACUAGAGUCAGAAAGUAUCUCUUGAAGCACUACAGAACAGUGGUGCGAUCAAAGGAAAACCUGCAUCGAGCAUUUGCAAGACAUGAAAUCACAGUAAACGGUCGCCCAGUAGAAGAAACUCGUAUGCUGAAGCAGGGCGAUGUAGUAGAAGUGAAAUAUGACAAAUCAAUUGAAGAAGCAAACACUUUGAAAGCAGUGCCGAUCAGAAUAUGCUAUGAAGAUGAUCAUUUGGCUGUAGUGUGGAAACCCUCAGGACAGAAUUUUGUGAUUUUUGAAAAAGCGAUACAUUUCAACACGGCUCUCAAGGAUCUGGAAGGGAAUCGGCAGAAAGUAUGGUGCAUCAAUGAUAUACAAAAAGCAGCAUCUGGAUUGAUCAUUGUGGCCAAAACCGAAGCAGUGAGAGACUUGCUGGUGGAGCAAUACAGGAACAACAGGAUUCAAAUCACAAUGCGUGUCCUCUGCCAUGGAUUUGUGCCAACAGCGGACGCCAGUAAGCUAUUCAGCCCUGAAACGAAUAAGCGAGACGAAGAAUCUGAGAGCAUUAUACCCGAUCAAGUGUUGAAGAGUAUUGACAUUGUGUCACAAACACCUUCAAACAAUGCACGUCAUAUUUCCAGGCUGGAUUUGCAACUAUGCACGCCAUUGUCUAGCACGCAAUUACGAAAGCUCUUUUACUUUCACUCUGACUAUCCCAUCAUUGGCAAUUCCACCUUCACAAAGCCCUUGAAAGCCAAUCGAGACAAAGGCUUAUGUGCUGCUUUGAUUGCGGUAACAUUCACUCACCCCAUACUCAACACCCAAAUAUCAAUCAAAGAAGACGAGCCAGCGAAAUUUGGCGUCAUGUGUGAUCGAGAAGCCAGAUUUCAUCAGAACAAACUAGACCGAGAGGCGGAUGAAAUCAAAAAAUCUGGUGUACUUGCCGUCGAUUUGGAGGAGAGACAGCAAGGCCAGCUACUGGCAUACAUGUUGGGACAAAAGGAGUUCAACGGUCUGAUGUUCAAGGUCACCAGCGAUUGUCUGAUUCCUAGAACGAGCUCUGAAACGCUUGUGGAAGCAGCUGUUACAGCAUCCAAAUCCAUAAAUAGCAGCAAAAUCCAUGUGAUUGAUGUGGGUACAGGUUGUGGAAAUUUGCUGAUUUCCAUCCUUGAUCAGAUUUCUUGUGCUACAGGUGUUGGAGUCGAUAUCAGCGAGGCGGCGUUGAAUGUAGCAAGAGAAAAUGCACGCAGAUUGCUUCCUAACCAACAGUGUGAAAGAGCGACAUGGCGUAUACAAGACAUGGCCAUGUUGAAUGAUAAGAAAGCCUAUGAUAUACUGGUGUGUAACCCGCCGUAUCUUGAUUUCGACAAGGCUAGCAAGAGCAAAGAGCAAAUGGUCGCUUUGCAGCAGGAACCCGCAGAAGCACUGUUUGCCAAUGACCACGGCUAUGAAUGGUAUCGUGUGCUUGCCAAGGUCGCACCCACCAUUGUGAGAAAAGACGGCUAUGUGAUUUUAGAGUGUGGCAAGGGUAUGAUGGAAAAAGUAUUAGCAAUCUGGUCUGAUUGGGAGCAAGUUGCCGUGUACAAGGAUGCUCAGGGUUGGAAUCGCUGUCUUGUUCUCAAAAUUGCAUGA